UUCCAUAUUCUACUAAUAAAUACUUAAUUUUUUUUUUACUUGAAUUUAAGUUAGAAUAAGUUUAGCAUAUAACUAAGUAAACAAUAGUUCUGAAAUCGAGUAACACUUUUUGAUGUUUUGGUGUUGAUAUUUAAAAUAUGUCAAAUGAUUUUUUUGAUGUGAUGUGAGAUUUAUGCUUAAGUGAAAUUAUGUUUGUGAAGUGAGCAUCCAGUAGAAAUUUGUGCGAAAUUAGCUUCUAGUAGUAUCCAAAUGUAUUUGGGGCGUAAGAAUUCUUCACUUAGGCAUCUACAAAAAAGAAUGUAAAGUGCUACUUCUUCAGAUUUUAUGAAACCAUGACGACAUGCCCAAAAACACCAAAACUUUCACACAUUCAGAUAGUUCUGAUGAUGAUUUGCCUUCCAUUCCAUGGCUUAAUAACUUAACUGCAACACCUCGGAAAAAGACUUUUGAUGAGCUUUUCAAAGAAAAUACAAUUCUAAUUGAAAAUCAAGAAAAAGAACGGAGCUAUUGUGAACAGAUUGAAAACAUCAAGAUUCAUGACUCGUGCACCGAUGAAGAAAAUUUAAUUCGAAGUGAUGCUGUACUGGAUGAAGAGAAUUUAAUUCUAAGAGAUGCUGUACUGGAUGAAGAGAAUGAGAACAAUAAUUUUGAAAAGCCAUCUCUUCAACUCUUUGGUGAACUUGAUCAUUUACAAUUCUUUACUUGGGAUGAUCUGACUUUGCUAAAAUGUGGAUUUGAUUCUUCAUUGGAUUUCUCAGAAUUCGAAAAGUUAUUGAUUAGUCUAAAUGAAGAUGCGCUUCAAGAAGAGAUUAAAUGUAUUAAUUCACUUUUUCUGAAAAAAAUUGAGCAGUUGAUUCCAUUUAUUCAAUAUGCUUUCAAAACUAUGUCCCUUCAUCCUGAUGAAGAAUAUGUGAGAGCUUGCCAGAAAUUUAUAAAUUGGGUGAUACAUAAACAGCACGUACAGAAUAUUUCUAUUUCAUGUAUAGAUAUUUUCAUGGUUUUAUUUAAUUAUGGUGUCGAUACAAACAAAGAACUUUUUAAUCUACUGCCAGAAAGUAAAUCAGUGCGAAAAAGUGAAAUCAGAAAUGAAAUCCCCAAACACUGGGCUUUUAAUUUAAAAGCAGUACUGAGUUCAGUAGAAGAUUUAAUAAGUUGUUACAAAAUGGAAGAAGAUUAUCUGUAUAAUAUCUUUAUUUAUUUAUUGUGGAUGAGCAUGGACGAUUUCCUAAAAAUAAAAUCUAGUCUCCAACGAUGUACAGCAAUUAUUAUAAACAGAUUUUCUAAAAGAAACUGGCCAAUUUGGCAAUCGAAAAUUGCUCUAUUUGUGUUGUCUGCUGAAGUACAGAGAAAUAAUAAAUGGAAUUUGGUAUUAAAAAUGAUUAGAUGCAUAUCUUAUGAAACUUCUAGAGGAGUUCAGUUGUUCAGUUAUAUAUCUUAUCUAGCACUAAGAAAACUUACUUUUAAUUCUUCAGAUCCAAAUACCACACCAGAUUACACACAGAAAUUAUUCGAAGUUGAAAAUCUUAUGCCAAUUUUGGAAUCAAUUUCUCGCAUUGAAAAAAAUUUGCAGCUAGUAGCUAUCAAAUUCAUUGAUUUGUUUAUUUGGAAUUUGAAAUUAUCUUCGAAAAAAGAACUCUCUAAACUUUGUAUUUCAUUAAAGAGGUGUGGAACUUCUAUCAGCAAGCAUGCUACCAGACGACAGUAUUACCUAAGUGUUAUUUAUUCAAGGAUGAGCACUCUGGCUUCCUGUAGUAGUACGAAACAGAUGUUUGAUUUUGUAGAAGAACAAGAGGAUACAUCUAAUGAAGAAGACAGUAAUUCAUCUCAGUCUUCACUGGAAGAACAGUCAUUGAAUACAGAGUCGAAUAAGAGUUUUGAUAUUGAUACUUCUAAUGAUAUGCUACAAAAGGACAAUAUUGAUUUACAAAGCACUAUAACUAAUUCUUUAGAAGCAGAGAAAGAAAUAUUUCAAGACAAAAAUCACAAAGAAAAUAGUCAAAAAAGGCAUGAUGUUCUACCUUUUGGUCAAUUGAAAGAACAGACAAAAAAUAUUGUUUGUAAUACCAGUAAUAAACUGCUUCUGGAUGGUGCAAAAACUUUGGAAAGCAUCGUGAGCAGUGCAGUUCCAGAACCAGAAACAAAAUCAAAUGAUGAAUUGGAAGUCAUUUCAAAAAUGAAAUCUGAUGAAGAAACAGAAACAAUUUCAGAAUGCGAGGACUAUGAAUCUAAAAUGAAUGUUGGAAGAAAGAGAACUGUUACUCCUUCAAAAUUAGUUUCAAUUCAUCAUGAUCAUGAUUAUAUUAAGAAAGAACAAGCUGCUUAUUCUUCAAUAAGGCCUUCUAAAAAUUUAAAUACUUGUUUUGGUAAAUUGAAUGAAAGCAAUAACCAGUGUGAAUAUAAAUCAGCUCAUUCAGUUGCACAUAUAAAUACAUCUUCAUCUAUUAAUAGUUUGCACAUUCCUGAUAUUAAGAAAUCAACAGACAUGCAAUCGCAAACACGUUUCACUGAGAAUUCUGAAAAAACGAGAAGUAAUUUUAUGUUAGAUCCAGAAAAUCAUACCAGUACUAAAAAUAAUAUAAAUAUGGAAUCAGAUAACUUUCUUUGCACUGUGAUAUCUAAAUCCUCGCAAAUUGUUAUUCAAAAUGACUCUAUAAAAAGUGAAACUCUGUUAAAUCCUACUACAAUGAAAGAUUUAAAUUCUUGUGCAGUUUCAGAAAAUUUAGGGAAUUCAGUGAACAAUACAAAUGUUAUUUCAAAUAUUGGAUGUAGUGAUAAUGGGAUGCCUUCUGAAUUGAUUAGAUCUAAUGAAGAUAUUGGCCUUGUUAUUGAAAAAUUGAUAACUGAAAUGCAAAGUGGUUCUACUCAAAAUAAAACUUUUCAAAAUGUACUUCCAAUAGAAAGUUUAUAUUCUUGCUCAUCUUCAGAUAAUUCAAGGGAUUCGUUGAACAAUAGGGAAGCUAUUUCAAAUAUUGAACAUAGUGCUCCAACGAUAUCUUCUGUAUUGGGUAAAUCUUAUGAAGUUGAUAAUCCUGAGAUCUUCAUCGAUGCUAUUUCAGAAAAAACGAUUAGCCAUAAAAACGUGGUGAAUAGUGAAAAAAAUCCCUUACCUUUACUGACAGAAAUUAGUAGCAAUAUUCCCAAUUCUUUUCCAGAAGAAUUAAAUCUUAUUGAAAAAAACUUUGAUGAGAAAUGUGAAAGUGUGUCACAAAGAAAUAAUAAAAAAGAUCCUGACUUCUCAGAUUCAUAUGUAGCAGGUGAUCAAAAUUCGCCUGAUAUGCAGCUAAAAGAUACUCAUGACACAUUGUCUCCUUUGGUGGAUACAAAAAAAUCCCUGUAUUCAUCCCUAGGAUCAGAUGCAAACUCUGUUCGUCUACAAUUUGUAGAAAAUAUUGAAAAAAUGAACAGCAGUGAUAAUGAAAAGCACGAAAACUUUUUUAUGCCAUCAUUAGAUAAUAUUUUAAAUGAAAAUCAGAACUGUUCAAUAAAUACAAAUAUAAAACCUGCAAAUAAAUCUGUGUUUGGAUCUAAUUUUAAUCAUGAUAAUUCCUUUAUUGACCAUCAAAAUAUAACUGUGCCUUCCAAACAACUACCACAGGCUGAAGUUUCCACUAAAAUUCAACCUCAUUCCCUUAAAUUGCCAAAUAAAUCAUGUUCAAGUCCAAAACGUAAACAUGCAGAUCGUAUUUCACAUCUUGUUUCCAAAAGAGGUAAAUUACUGAAAACGGUGCUUUCUGGAGGUUGGACUGUAAAUUUUCCUGGUUCAUCAACUCCUUCUUCUGAACAUUUAAAUAGAGGGAAAACAGCUAACAUUGGAUCUGUAGCAGCAUUAACAAAAAAAUCAUCAAUAUAUUAUACUGAAAUAUGCAAUUCACAAUUAGGUAAUGAAAUUCCAGCAAUCAGAGAAAGUUUUGAAGUUAAUGCCAGUCAUUCUGGUAAUAAAGAAUCCAUUGAAAUCCAAGAAGAGUCAGAAAAUAUUAAUACUAAAAUUGAGAGUUCUGUAUCUUUAUGUUCUAAAAAUUUAAACUUAUACUCUGGUGAUUCAGAUUCUAGGAAUUCAAGUAAAGCAGGCAGUUCUAGUAGUAGCAAUUCAGAAUUAAAACAAUUAUAUAAAUCACAAUUCAAAAAUCUAAAUGGACCAAAUAUCAAUGAAUCAAGCUUUUUAGAUAAUGCAAGUAGCACUAUGAAGGAUUCUGAAACUGUAAAAUCUGCUGUCAGUGACUUUGUUGAAAGCAUUCUUAGUAAUAGUGAUGAUGAUAUACAAAUAAUUGAAGAAGUUAGUAAUAUUAAAACAGGCUCUAAAAAUAAACCCAAUAAUACUAUAGCAACCCUUGCUGAGGAUGAUGAUAUACAAGUAAUUGGAGAAUUUAGUAAUUCUGAAACGAAUACUAAAAAUAAAUCAUAUAAUUUUUCAGCAACUCUUGCUAAGGAUAAAAGACAGAAUUGCACUUCCCUUGAUGGGAUGAGUCCAGAAUCCAUUCAGAGCUCUCUAAAAUGUCACACAGAAUCCACACAACUAAGCCAAAUAGUACCUUAUUUAUCUGACAUUCUAUCAAAGAAGUCUAUGAAAUCUGAACCAACAACACCGAAGAAGUUUGUUAAUCCUAAACAAAGGACGCCAAAGAAACCUGUUAAUCCUAGUGUUUCAAAUUCAAAUUCUACACCAAUAAAAAAGCCGAAACUUACUCAGACUUUACUUACUACUGUGCCUCCUGCAAGUACAAGCAUUCCUACAUCAAGCACUAAAGCAAGUAAUUUGAUAAAACAAGGCAAUCUUGAAUGCGUUGAUCCAGAUUGUUACAUUAUAGAAGAUGACAACGUCAUUAAUCUUGAAUAGAUUCAUCAUAUGAUUGUAUAUAUUCAGAUGGCUUAGUUCUUAUGAAAAGUAUAUUUGUAAAUAUGUAAUAUAACUAUUUUGUAUAUAUUAUGUUUGGUGUUUGUUACUUUUGUUUUUAAUUGAAAAAGAAAAUGUAAAAAAAGCACCGUUUUUGCAUAUCACUAACUGUUAGACUGAAUUUCACUAACUUUUUUUUCUUCUCCUUCUUUGAAACAGAAACACAUUAACCAAUUUGUUUUGUUUUCUGCAUUAUCUAAAUAGAUGAUACAUUUUUUGAUAAUGUAUUAUUAUUUUGAUUCAGCUAAAAUCCAUGUAAUAUUUACGAUUCUUAUGGAUUCCUUAUAAUAUUUGAACUGAAUUAUACAAUCUGGGAUUGAAUUAAUUUUAGUACACAAGUUUAAUAUUACAAUAACUUGAUGUAUCUAUGAUGCACAAUCAAAUAAAUUGAAUGGAAAAAGUAUAAAAUUUAUUUAGAGGAUUAUGUUUCAAGAAUUAUGAAGUAUUUUUUAAUUUCAAAUAAGACCUAUUUUAUGAAUUCAAUUCAUACAUUUUUGGAUUGAAUAAAAGAGGCUUGGUAUUAAUUUUUAUAAGGUUGCUUUUUAUUGAUUGUAAAUUUAUAUAUAUAUAUAUAUAUAUAAUAGUAAAUCAUCAUAUGACUAACUCAUGGUUUUAUAAUAGUAAAUUUAUUUCUAGUAAGAUGUAUAUGUGCAGAUAUUUUUAUUAAUGUAAAUACGGUUUUUAUAUGUUUUACAAUUUUUUUUUUUUUGUACACAUAUUUUAUUAUAUAGUCUGACUCUAAUGAAUUGACCGGAGCAAGUAAGAAAUACGUGUUACGAGAACAAAUCUAUUGUAAUAUAUGAAUAGAAUAUCGAUCAUAUUUAUUACAACCCUAUUUAUCAUCUAUGAUCUGAUUUCAUUUCAUACUUUGCUCCUUAAUAGCACAUGCAUUCAUCUUUUGAAGGCGAAUGUCAACUCAUAAGAGCCAUGUUGUAUUGUUUAUUCUUUUUCUUUAGUUGCUUUUUCAUGCUGAAUAAAUAUUCAGUGAAAUUUUAAA